AUGCCUAGAAAAACAUGCAUGGAACAGAAUCGUCCGAAAAGUAACGCUAGUGAGCGUAGCGCUUCCUCGCUGCCUAGCUGCGAUGUUCCUUAUCUUAAUGACAUAAGUGGCUAUCGAGACCAAGAGAAAACAAUGUCUUGUGCAUCGACCGAUGUUAUGAGACUCUCGAAACAAUGGCUCCUUCUAAUGAUGGUACCUACUCUAGCUGGUUGUCCAACUAUAUUCGAAAGCAAAGCUAACGUCUGGUGUUGUUCAAACACAGUCAUAAAACAAAUUGUUCAAACAGCGAUAUCAAAUCCUUCCAUCAACCAGAAUGUUGACAAGAUCCAGACGUAUCUAGAGAGCUCUCUUCUACCAUAUUUCAAUGCAAAUUCUGGGAAAUGGCUUAUCAGUGUGAGCAAAUUCCAUCGUGUUAGCGCAUACGCUGACGUUGCUGCUAAGAAUCUGCAAACAUUCUGUGCUUUGAACGAAAAUGCUUUGAAGAUUCAUGUUGUCAUUCACCCGCUUACGCAACAGCACCAAGUUCCACCAACAAAACUGUACUUCCUAGCAAAACAAGCAUUUUUAAACAUGGUGUUAGCUGAUCUUGGUCGAAAAAUCCGAAAUGCCAUCGGCAAGCUCGGUCAAGCAACCAUCAUCAACGAGGAAGAGCUCGAUGCCAUGCUCAAAGAGGUUUGCAUGGCUCUUAUUGAGUCCGAUGUUCAUAUCCGAUUGGUAAAGCAGCUAAAAGACAAUGUAAAGAAAGCAAUCAAUUUCGAAGAAAUGGUCGGUGGAGUUAACAAGCGGCGACUGAUUCAGAAGACUGUAUUUAACGAAUUAUUGAAGCUGGUGGAUCCUGGCGUCACGCCAUAUCAACCUAAGAAAGGACAAGCGAACGUGAUUAUGUUUGUUGGUUUACAAGGUUCUGGUAAAACUACGACUUGUACAAAGAUGGCUUACUUCUACCAACGUAAAGGAUGGAAAACUUGUUUAAUUUGCGCUGAUACUUUUCGUGCUGGAGCUUUCGAUCAGCUCAAACAGAACGCUACUAAGGCUAGGAUUCCAUUUUAUGGUUCGUACUCCGAAAUGGACCCAGUGGUAAUUGCCGCGGAAGGUGUGGAAAAGUUUAAGAAAGAAAACUUCGAAAUAAUCAUUGUUGAUACGUCUGGUAGACACAAACAGGAAGCAUCAUUGUUCGAGGAAAUGCUGCAAGUAUCGAAUGCAGUGAAUCCUGACAAUGUCGUUUUCGUUAUGGAUGCCUCUAUUGGUCAGGCUUGCGAAGCGCAAGCACGUGCCUUCUCCGAUACUGUCGAUGUCGCUUCAGUAAUCAUCACUAAGCUUGAUUCUCAUGCGAAAGGUGGUGGAGCGCUCUCUGCUGUGGCUGUAACCAAGUCCCCGGUUAUAUUUAUUGGUACUGGAGAGCACAUCGAUGACUUCGAAUUGUUCAAACCGAAAGCUUUUGUACAGAAGCUUCUUGGUAUGGGGGACAUCGCCGGUUUGGUGGAUAUGGUCAACGAUAUUGGCAUUAAGGAUAAUGAGGAACUUGUCAGCAGAUUGAAACACGGUCUCUUUACUCUUCGCGACAUGUAUGAGCAGUUUCAAAACAUAAUGAAAAUGGGCCCAUUUAGUCAAAUAAUGAGUAUGAUUCCUGGAUUUGGACCUGAAUUCAUGACGAAGGGGAACGAAAAGGAGUCAGUCGGUCGACUGAAGAAGCUUAUGACUAUUAUGGAUUCGAUGAGCGACACCGAGCUUGAUCAUCCUAAGGCUUCUGAGUUAUUCACAAAGGAACCUGGUCGUGUUAUUAGGGUAGCCCGAGGGUCAGGUACAACACAGGCUGAGGUUCGUGAUUUAUUGAGUCAGUAUAAAAAGUUCGCAGAUAUGGUAAAGAAAAUGGGGUCGAUCAAAGGCCUGUUUUCGGGUAAAAACGGGGACAUCAAUCCGAAGAAUGUUAACCCAGCGCAAAUGAUGAAGUUGAACCAGCAAAUGGCAAAGAUGAUGGAUCCACGUGUACUCCAGCAAAUGGGUGGUAUGGGUGGACUGCAAAAUAUGAUGGCUCAGCUGCAAAAAGCAGGCGGUGGUAAAGGCGGUGGAUUGUUCUAG